UGGAGCCUGGAACUCCGUCCAGGGAUGAGACGUAAGGGGGAAGAAGACGACGUUUAUCUUAGAAGUUUGUUAAAGUUCACGAACAGGAUUUGGAAUAUGUUUAUUUUGUCCAAGUGGUGGAUUUUUGUCGUUUUUCUGACAGGUGUCCUCCCUCCUGGUUGUUCAGGCGUUCAUGUGUUUGUCAGAGACGAGAAGCGCUAUGCUGUGCUUUUUCAGUCAGUGGUUCUUCCGUGUCACUACAACAGCGUGUCCACACAGACUCCCGUGGUGCAGUGGGUCUACAAGUCAUACUGUCGAGACCGUACACGGGAAUCAUUCAGUUUCCCAGACAGCCUGGGUGGAGGUCUGGGAGGAGGCGGGCUGACGAGUGGAACUGGAGGAGCUGUUAACGGGUACGAGACCACAAUGACGGCGAGCUACCUGGACUGUGCUGACAGCAGCCGGACAGUCCGAACAGUGGCGUCUAUCUCUGGGUCGUCCAUCACGCUGUCAGAGUAUUACAAGAACAGAGACAUCUCCAUUAUCAACAAGGCAGACCUUCGAAUAGGAGAGGUCCAGUGGGGAGACAGUGGAGUUUACAUCUGUAAAGUGGUGAUCUCAGAUGACUUAGAGGGACAGAAUGAAGCCUCUGUGGAGCUGCUGGUUCUUGGUUUUUCUUGGGUGCCUGAAGAUCUCCUGCCAGACUUUGAUUUGAAGAUUAUGCCAGAGUGGGUGUUUGUGGCGGCAGUGGCACUAGGCAGUGUCUUAUUCUUGCUGCUGGUUGGGGUCUGUUGGUGUCAGUGCUGUCCCCACUCCUGCUGCUGUUACGUCAGCUGCUGGUGCUGCCCUGACACAUGCUGCUGCCCUCGACACUUAUAUGAGGCAGGCAAGGGAAUAAAGACGGGCACCUCCACCCCUCAGUCACCUGCAUACCCUCCAUACUUUGUCACUGGUGUUCCCACAAUGGUUCCCAUCGCCCCUCCAUCCCUGGUGGACAAGAUGUCUUCUGUAACCCCUUCUGACAGCACCCUACUCACAGCAGUGCCAAUGCAUGCUGUAGGGGUUCCCUAUCGCGUGCCUACACCACAGGAUCAGGACUCUCUCAGGGUGCUGCAGUAUGUAGAGAAACAAUUGGCUCACUUCAACCCUGCCAGGUCCAUCAGCCACCAAUCCUGUAACAUGUCUGAGCUGAGCUCUCUUCACGAGGGAGAAACUGGCUUCCGCCAAACCUUCCGAAAUGUCCAGAAGAAAGCUCUCCCCGCCAUCCCUGACCACGACCCUGAGCCUGAACCCCAACACUUCCGUGACGAUCGCAAUCCAGAGCCGCAGCGUUACCGGGGAGACCCCCCUUCACCCCGACGAUAUCUUGAUGACCCUGACGCUGAGCCCAGACGCUGCCAGGAGGAGCCACUUCCUCCACGCCGGUACAGUGACGACCCUCCAUCCUCCUCACAGUUGCAAAGAGUUGGACGAAGUCAACGGCAGAGGACUCACAGCGAUGAUGAGAACCACAAGAGGUGGAAUCCUCGAUCAGAACACCUGCACAGAAAGACGUACCGCACUGAAGGACGAACUGGCUCACUGGAUGAGCUGGAGGAGUUUGCUGCUUCAUACAAGCAAAGAGGAGGGAGAGGACAAGAGAAAAGAGAAGAAGAAAGAGACAGAUAUGAAAUGGAGCUUCUGGAGUUUAGUCGGUAUCCUUCCUACCGGGACUGUCCUGCUCAGCAUUAUCACAGUGAUGACAAUGAGCUUGAAGACAUCAGUGACCGUGAAGAUACAAGACGAGGAAAGAAAAACAGACGUAAUAUAAGCCCACUGUCUUCACCCAAAAGGAGGAGGGGUACCUGGGACAGCGAGCGUCCUGUCCCACCUCCUCCAAAUGUCAAUCCUCCAUCAAGUUCCUCACAGGAGAAGGACUAUGACAGCACGUUCCUGAACAAGCUGCUAGAGCGCAAGGCCAAGCUGCGAGGGGCUGGCCAGGGGAACAGUGCAGCCCGGGGUGAGGAGGAUUCAGACACGCCCUCAAAGGGAAGCUCCAAAAAGAGCAGCGGUGCAUCUAGCCAGCAGUAUAGUCGCUCUCCCAGUAACAGACCUGAGGUAGAAUCACUGCCACCUUAUACAGAGACAGAGCGAUACAGAACUGACAGGCCAUCUCCACGGCCGCCCCCCGCAAACACUCACUCCUCUCCUGUUCCUGUGCACUCCCUGCCUGGUCGAAGAGAGGAACCUAGAGAGAAGGGCCGCAAAGUGAGCACUCUUCUCAGCCGGGACUCCCUCAUCGUCUGAUUGGCUGACACCGUCAAAGACUGAGAAUGUGAAGCAGACCCUAUUGGAACUGAAAGCUGCUUGCUGAAAGAUAGAAACAAGUUUGGAUUUUAAAAGCUGAAAGAAGAAAUAAACACUUUGUGGAUACUUUUACUUUGGAGACUGUUACUGGAGUUCCUGCCUGUGACGCCACUGAGUGAUGAAGUCAUCAGUGUGCAGUUUCUGUCACUGACUGCCUCAUGUAUUUCUCAGCUGGGCUAACACUGAACUAAUGCUGUCCGGGUCUAUGACCUGGACUGUCCCUCCCAGCAGGACGCUGUCCGUCUCCCUCCUCGUCUCUUUAGAAAAAGGCUCUGAAGCGGACGGGCGCGUUUUACGCUUCUGGCACAAUGAGAGCAUUAUUUCCAUUUGAUGAGAUUCAGUAUGUGCAUUAAACAGCUCAGCUGUUGAAAAAAAGGUGAAUGACAGCACCAUUAUUGUAAAGGACAGAUUGUAGCUCAAGUUGUGUGACACAAUGUGUCAUUCAGUAACACGUUUAGCAACUAAAGCAAGUAACUCAGACGGCUUUGGCAAGGAGAUUUAAAUGUUAACCUAAGCUGGAAGUAGAAGCCAAGAUUAACAAAUGUUGAUAUCUACAAAAAGAGUGGGCGGAAUAAUGUGAGCAUGAAAAAGGACAGUAACCUUUAAAUCAGUAUUGAGCUUUAUGUUUUUAUUUACAACAAAUCAAGUGACUGUUGAUAAUGUGAUGCUUGUGGUUCUAUCAGCCAGCGCAGCUUAAUGCAAGAUUUGACCCCUACAUUUUCAGUGCAAUCCAUUUAGAAACCAGUAUGAGUUUAACUCUUUUCCGUCUCUUUUUUCCCCAAAACAAAUUAUUUGUGAAUGCUGUUCGUAAAUUCUGAACCUCCUGAGACCUGAGUGUUUUUAGUUUCUCCCACUUAUUUUGGAUCAGUGGGACGUAAUCAGACUAACACCUAAGCCGUGUCUUUGAGCAUGAAGUAUUUUUCACUAAAAAAGGAUGUCUGCAUGUGAGGAUUAUAGACUCAUCAUACUUUACUACAUACAAAAAAUAGUGUUCCUUUACUUGAAUGAAGUAUUUCUUUCCAAUGAUGGACCACAAGAACUUGUUAAGGCCAAGUAUGAACUAAAUUUUCACUAAAUCCCCAAAAUUCCUUAAAAUUUCCAAGACAUUAUCAAAAAUAUCUGUGAAUAUUUUUUAAAUCCCUUAAAAUAACCACAACAUUUCCUCAAAUAUUCCCCAAACAUAGACCUUCUUAAAAAAAUAAAGAUUUAAAUACAAAUUGUCACAAAAAAUUCAAUGAAAAUUUUCAAGCAAAUGUUCAAAAUUUCAAAGCAGUUCCAUCCAAAAAAA